GUGCUAUAGACGCGCAAAACGACCAAGAGCCACAAAUCAAGCACACAUAUCAAAAAACAAAUGAGCUCUUAUUUUGUAAACUCAUUUUGCGGUCGCUAUCCAAAUGGCCCGGACUACCAGUUACAUAAUUAUGGAGAUCACAGCUCGGUGAACGAGCAAUACAGGGAUACAACGAGCAUGCAUUCCAGCAGGUACGGAUACGGCUACAAUGGCAUGGAUCUCAGCGUUGGGCGCUCAGCUUCCAACCACUUUAGUGCCAAUGACAGAGCAAGGAAUUAUCCAUCCAAUCCGAGCUCCUCUACAGAGCCAAGGUAUAACCAACCUGCAGCGUCUGCUCACUCUCCUCCACCUGACCCUCUGCCCUGCACCGCUGUAGCCACAUCGCCUGUCAGCGACAGUCACCAAGGGGGCAAAAACUCCAUAACUAACUCCAACAACACCACGUCCAAUUCAAGCAACAGCAGCACUGGCACCAGCACUCACAUUAACAGAGAUGGGCUGGGUGCAUCUUCUGGUGCUGAGGAUGAUGCCCCAGCAAGCAGCGACCAGGCAAGUUCUCAGAACAGCCAAAGCCCAGCUCCGUCAGUGCAACCCCAAAUCUACCCCUGGAUGCGAAAACUGCACAUAAGCCAUGACAACAUAGGAGGGCCAGAAGGAAAGCGAGCCCGGACAGCCUACACCCGCUACCAAACUCUGGAGCUGGAAAAGGAAUUUCAUUUCAACAGAUACCUGACCCGCAGGAGGAGGAUUGAAAUAGCCCAUGCACUCUGUCUCUCUGAGAGGCAAAUUAAAAUCUGGUUCCAAAACAGGAGAAUGAAGUGGAAAAAAGACAAUAAACUAAAGAGUAUGAGCAUGGCAGCGGCUGGGGGUGCAUUUCGUCCUUAAAUUUCCCCUCCCUAAAGAAUGUACUGAUUCAGUAUUAGCUAAACCUGUAUAUUGUCACCACCACUUUGUAUAACUCUUCUCUGUGACUUCUGUGAAGAUACCCUCCUCCCUAAUAUCUUGUCUACCCUUUAUCCUAGCAAUGAGCCUUUAAACUGGGUGAAAUAGCUUCAACUGCUUCCUGUAAAUGUUUUGUCCUUGGAUGCCUAUGUAUUGACAAUUUAAUGUUUUAACUUAUUUGAGUAUGUAAAGCGCUUAUGUGUUACUUGAAAUAACUGUACAAAAAUGAGAUUACGACAGCAAACGUUUAUUACAGAUGUUUUGUGUCUGCAGACCCCUGUAUAUGUUCGUGUAGUGUGACCAUGUCUGAAUGCCUUCCAACUGUCUCCCACAAUUUCAUGAAACUACCUAGAGUUCCUGUGAAAAAUAACUAUGUUGUAGAAGUGACUUUGCGGUCCAAUUUAUCUUGUGAUAUUGUCUAAGUAGCUGUGACACAAAUUGUGUCUGUCCUAGCUGUGCCUUUUGUAAUGAGAAAAAAAAAACACAACAAGAAAAAAAGGAAAAAAAAAACGUUUGCACGAAACUUUACUGAAAAUGGCUGGAAUCGCAGCGUCUGGUUAAUGUGUUUUGUUUUAUAAAUUCAAUAAUAUAGUGGAGCUUGGCAGAUUACGCAAUUGUUCCAAUUUUUUUGUAAAAAAAAAAUUUUUUUUUCAAGAAAAAUUAUGACUGGAAACAACAACAAAAAAAAUAAACUUUCUACUGAA